AUGUCAAAGCCCAAGGAGAGACUCUCCCCAAUCAGAAAGGUGAAAGCUGCGUUCGCCAAAUCGCCCAAAUCUCCCACAACGGACAGAAUCGGUUUUGCGGACAAAUGCACCAUCACCGAGCUAAACUCGUGGAUGGAAGACGUAUACUUUAAUGAUCCGAAGUCGCGAGAGAGCCUGAGCACCAAUCCAGGAGAUAACGCGAAGCAUUUGUCGGAGCGGCAGAGAUGCACGACAGAUAAUUGGAAGGCGGAGAUUGAACGGCGAAUCAUCGCGAAGUCCAAAAUGGUAGACCACGCCUAUGGCGAUCAAAACCCGUUUCGGAAUCAAGCUUAUGGGCAUGGCGACGGACAGAAAUGA